CAGACUGCUCCUAGGGUGUACUCUCACACUAAAAAGACAGAAAUUAGAGUGACAUUUGAGUUUCCAUGAGGUGGUUACUGAAUCGUCACUUCAACAUGUAAUAUGGAGCUUUAAAGACGAGCCGAGGAUGACGGCGGCGGUGGUGGGUAUGCCUGGGGGCGCGGGUGGCCUGACGGAGGAGAUGAGGGCCGUCCCCGGCAGCAGCGAGGGUGUGACUCCCCUUAUGUAUGCCUGCCAACAGAACCGCGACCACACCGUCAGACAGAUCCUGCACAGGAAGCCGGCCAGCGUGCACGAACGAGACCGGACGGGCAAGACAGCGCUCCAUUACUGUGCCGAGAACCCGACCCUCGCCUGCAUCGACCAGGUAGUGGACGCGGACCCAGCUCUCCUGCAGGCACGGGACGAGGACGGGUACACGCCCCUCCACCUGGCCACUAUAGCAGGUAACAAGGCCGUCGUCAAGUACCUGAUUUCGAAGGGAGCAGACAUCUCGGCACUGGACAAUGAGAAGCACACGGUUAUCCACUGGGCCACGGUGUGUGGCGAAGUGGAGCUGCUGGAGUUGCUGAUCGAGGCGGGCGCCAACCCCAGCACUCCCGACAUCCACGGCGCGUAUCCCCUCCACUAUGCGGCGCAGAUGUGUGGCCCCAACAGCGAGAUGGGCAACGACAUCCGCGUCGGCCUCAUGGUGCUCCGGAAGCUGCUGCAGAGCGGCGUCGACGUGUCCGUGACCGACCAGGACGGGCGGCAGCCUCUCCUGUGGGCGGCCAGUGCGGGGAGCGCCGAUGCUAUCCUCGCGCUGGUCAACGCAGGCGCCAGCGUUAGCGCCGAGGACAAGGAUGGGCUAACAGCGCUGCACUGCGCGGCGUCAAGGGGUCACCUGGACUGCUUGGACUGCCUGGUGACCCUCUGCGGGGCCGAAGUGGACACCUUGGACAGUAACGGGUGCACGCCGCUGUUCUAUGCCGUCACGCUGGGGCACGCUGACUGUACCCAGCUGCUCCUUCACCACGGCGCGCACACCGACCGCCAGGAUCGCAAAGGCCGCACGCCAGCGCACUGUGGAGCGGCGAAGGGCCAGCUUGAGACCCUGAAGCUGCUGCAUCAGAAGGGUGCUGACCUGUGGAGGCGCAACGUUAAAGGCGACCUCCCGCUCCACGAGGCGUGCCAGUCCGGCAGGAAGGAUCUCGUCGUAUGGCUGUUAUCCAUGCGGCCUGACACAGUCAACGCUCCUAACCUCGACGGCCGGUGUCCACUCCACAUAGCUGCUAUUAAUAACAAUAUAGAAAUGUGCAAGAUCCUUAUGGAUCAACAGGCGGCGGUCAAUCCCAUCAUGCGGAACUCCAGGGGGCAGCUGCUCACCCCCCUGGACGCCGCCGUGGCCCGCAGUAAUCGCGGCUGCGCGAAGUACUUGCAGCUGCACGGAGGCGUUCCAGCCUCAAAGCUGACCGACAAACACGCACUUCAAAAAGCCAUGCAGAGAGCCCUGGAGGCGAGUCAGCAUGGCAGCACGGGAGCCACGCCCAGCGAACUCACGGGCGACGAGCUCAUGAGUUCCUCCGCCUCCUCGGCGCUCAAGUCCAACCGCUCCACGAUGACGGCGUCGCCCGUGAACACCGAGGCGCAGACGGACACGGGCGACCUGAAGCGCGGGGGGGCGGGGGACGCGGAGACCAGGAAGCCCCAGAGCAGAGACGCGCAGGAGUCCGGCUACAGUGACUCACUCAUGCCGGAACGCGACUCUGACGAAGACGGACCGACGGACCCCGAGCGCAACACCGACGACGAGGACGGCGCGCCCCACGCCUCAAAGAAGACGAAAACGAAAACCAGGCGGAAGAGGGCGCAGAAGCAGAGGGAGGACCGUCAGGGCGCAAUGGUCAUAGCGGAGGAUGUAGAAGGGGGCGGCAGCGGUAGCGGUGGCGGCGGUGGCGGCGGCGGCGGCGACGGCGGCGACGGAAACGGCGGCGGCGGCAGGGGCGGCGGUAGCGGCGACGGAUUCGGCGGUGGUGUUGGCGUGGGCGUCGGCAGAAGAAACGACGAAUUGGAUGGCGACAGUAGUGUAGACGGCAGAGCGAGGAGGAGGAGAGGUCGGGCCAGUGGCGACGCAGGCUCCGACGAGGACUUCCCAGACGAUGGGGUCUGGGCAGGAUCCGGUGCUGAGGACGACGAGGAGGGCGACGAAGAUGCCCUCAGGAAGCUCGGAGUGUCGGGUCACAGACGACCUGGUGUCAGAAGAGGCCAGGUCAAGUCUGGUGCAAUGAGUGGCGGACCCAAGAAGGUGGAAAACAUGGAAUCCAAUUUGCGACGUCGAUACAAGAAAGGAAUAUCUCCCCCAACCGAAAUGUCCAUCACGCAAGCCAUGCAAACGACAAUGCGCAAAUACGCCUUAGAGAGACGGUUGUUCCAGCAACUCCUGGAACUAAAGAGAGUUCAGAUCAAAAACACGCGAGCCAACGAGCAGGUGCUCAUCAAGCGGAUGGUGGACGCGUACAUGAAGGAGGGCGUCCAGUUGGGCAUCAGAGGCUACAACGGCCCCUAUAACUUCCAGAGUUACGAGAAAUAUCUCUACGAUCAGCUCCGGUACCUCCAGAGUUCCCAGAGCAACAAGAUUCCUGCCUUCAAGCCCUCCGACGACGUGGAGCGCCUCAGUAGAGCUCUUCGACGCCAGGAGAUCCUGGAGCUUCCUGACCCUCUCAUGACCCCACGUGAUCCUCACACUUGUAACCACACCACACAUCGCUGUCACCAUGCAGCACACGCCUACACGGGUGUGCCCUGCGCUGCAUAUUUGGGCCAUCGAGGGAAGAAGAAGAACCAGCUCUCUCUCCCGAGGAUCGCCGGCAGCACCAACGCCAACGGGAGCAGCUCCUCCCUGGGGGCGUCUCCAGGACCUGCCUCGGGCGGGAGCCUGGGUCGCAAUCGCCCGGGGGAACCCAUUGGCCUGCGGAACUAUGACCCCAAGAGACCCCUCACUGUUGAACUGCAGCACGGUAACACGAGGCAGCAGAUCACUCUCCCUACAGAGAUCCUCGACAAGAAUAAGAAGUACCAUCUAACCUUCACCAUUAAGCCGUCCGCGCCAGGCCAGGAGGGGCUGUCUCCAUCAAAGGACGAAUCGGCGUCUCCCAAGCGCUCAGCCUCGGCGCCAGAGGGCAUUGUGCCGGACGAGGCGGUGCAGGCAGAGCCACGGCCAGAACUCCGCUCAGCACCGGCAGAGGGCAGGACCGAGGCCAGUGUCAAUGAUUAAACUACUGGAACUUAAAAAAAAAAAAAAAAACAUAAAUGGAUGAGCCAGUCAGCAUGUAGACGUUCGUUUGGGGUCUACUGUAGGAUGGCUUGUAUGUUCUGAGAUAUGGCAGUCCAAACUCACAUUCCUCGGCUUAGUGUAGGACAAUGAUGAGAUAUUCUUGGGCUGUUUAGCAUCACGCGGUAUCUUGCCAGAGGUAGGCUCCUUACUUGUGUGUGUCCAUCGCAGGACACUACCAAGUACCUGAGCCAUUGUGAUAGACUCCUUGGGGAACAGUUGUAUAUUUUUCAAAGCAGACGUACAUGGGCAUUUGAUUCUAGAUGUACAUGAUAUUACACCGAGAGAUGGGAACAACUAUUAAUCUAUCAUAUUUUUCUCCAGAUUUAACUGUUUACAAUGUGAUAUCCAUGCUGUACAGUAUUUCCAUGUAAACAUUGAUGUCAUGAACUUCAUUCAAUAUUAGUAUUCGGUGUAAUUUUACCACUAUUUUAGUUAAUCAGGUAUGCGAGUCAUAUUUUGUAGCUAAUCAAGUUAUAUCAAAUGAAUCAGUUGAACUUUAAUAUGCUGCUAAUUUGGUUGGAGAACCCUUCCCAUUUCUUUUUACUCAAAGAAAUUGAAACCCUCUUUCUGGGUUGCCUUUGAGUAUUUUCAGUUUUACGCGAGUUUUGCACUAAAUUCAAAAUAAUAGAAGGACGCACACCAACCAUGUCCCUGUACGUCAAUGUCGAUGUUUAUAUGAAUGCCUCAUGUGCUAUUAUGUAAACAUAUCUAUAUAAAAAAAACACUACUUA